CAAAAUAUUUUCUAGCAGAGAGCUGAACAGAACAGAGUCUGCGCAGACUUUGUCAUGACGCGCAUUGAUCGGGAAGGGGUCCGGAGUCUGUGAGAGCGAACAGCGGGCUUUAGAUUAACCGGACUUAGUAAAACAGUAAUUGGAUCCAUCCGCCUCGCGAAUACCUUCGUCAGACCAGGCGUGGAGAUCUCUGCAGAAGUUCAGCACUAUUUAAAAAAAGAUGUCCUCCCAAGUCAGGCUGAGGCUGCUGCCGAGCACCAGGUGUCUGUUUGAUGAGCCCGUUCAGCUGAAAGUGGCCGGGCUGCGGUCAAGGCAGGUGGUCACUAUCAGAGCCACAUCGACCGACGAGAGAGAAGUGGUGUUCGGCUCUUCAGCCACUUACAGGGCAGAUGAUGGCGGAGAGGUCGACCUGAACAGAGACCCCUCACUCAACGGGAGCUACGUUGGAGUGCAGCCCAUGGGUCUGCUGCAGUCACUGAAGGCAGACACUUUACACAAGUACUUCUUCAAGAACAAAGCUCUGAACCCUCACGUGGUGAAGUUUUCUGUGCACGAACAGGAGGGGGACGGCAGGAUGCUGGCAGAAGAGACAAACGAGAGGUUUCUGAUGGGAGACGGGGUCAGUCGGGACCCAAUCAAAGAGGGGAACAUACGAGGAGUCUUGUUUACACCCCCAGGAGAAGGUCCGUUCCCUGCUGUGCUGGAUCUGGGCACCUUCAUGUCUGAGAAAAGAGCCUGUUUGCUGGCCAACAAAGGGUUUCUGGUCCUCAGUACAGCUGUGUUCAAUGACAGACAAAAUAUGAAAGAGAUACAUCUGGACCCCUUUAAAGAAGCUGUGGAUUUCUUAUGCCACCACCCCAAGGCGGGCAGUAAAGGAGUCGGCGUAAUAUCAAGAUCAAAGGGAACGGAUAUCGCGCUCUCUCUUGCUGCGUUCGUGCCUGGUGUCCAGGCCUUAGUUUGGAUCAAUGGCACCAGUGCCAGUGUGGGCACUCCCCUCUACUACAAGAAACAGCAGAUCCUCUCACCCUUAAUGUUUGACUUCAGCAAGGUGAUUACCACCAAGUCUGGAGCAAACCUUAUCAAGUAUGCUAUUGAAGAUCCCCUGGAAGAGAAGAACAAAGGAAGCCUCGUCCCCAUUGAACGAGCCAAGAGCCAGUUCCUCUUUGUGGCUGCAGAGGACGACCUCAACUGGGACAGCAAGGCCUACAUGGACGAGAUGGUGGAGAGACUGACGCGUCAUGGGAAGGAGAACUUUGAGACUGUUUUUUAUCCUGGAGCUGGACAUUUGCUGGAGCCACCUCUGUGGCUCCAGCAAAUGUCCCAGAUUUAAACUCUGGGACUCCCGAGAGUCCCAGAUUUAAACUCUGGGACUCCCGAGAGUCCCAGAUUUAAACUCUCGGCCAUUUGACCUUAG